AUGGCCUGUCAGAGUCAAGAGUCAGCCCUGUGUCUUCCCACAUCCUGUGUGCUAACAGUGCUGGUGGUUUACUCUGUGAACUUGGAGAAAAAGGAGAAUGCCGCUGCCCACCACACGUCAGAGUUCCAGACCCAGAAGCUGGUGCUCAGACGCGGACAGAUUUUCAACAUGAAGGUGGUGCUAAACAGACCUCUCCAACCUCAGGACGAACUAAAGCUGACAUUUUCUACCGGAGAGAGAAUGUCGCACUUCGUGGAGCUUGAUCCGAUGACAUCCUUCCGUUCUAAGGGCUGGCAGGUGAAAAUUACCAAACAGUCCGGCGGCGAGAUCACACUGGCUGUCAUCAGCGCCGCCGACGCCAUGGUGGGGAAGUAUUACCUGAAGGUGAAUGAGAGUAAAGGUGGAAUAUUCUUCCUUCUCUUCAAUCCAUGGUGUGCAGAUGAUAGCGUUUACAUGCCUAGUGAGGAAGAACGGGCAGAGUACAUCCUUAAUGAUACCGGCUACAUUUACAUGGGUUUCGCCAAACAAAUCAAAGAGAAGCCCUGGACCUUUGGUCAGUUUGAGAAGCACAUCCUGAAAUGCUGCUUCUCCCUGCUGACCCAUCUGGAGCCCAGUGAACUGCAGAGCCCGGUGAUUGUGUCCAGGACCAUCUGCACCAUGAUGUGUGCCGUGAACAACGGCGUGCUGGUGGGGAACUGGUCAGGAGACUACAGCAAAGGCACCGCCCCCUACGUGUGGACCAGCAGCGUGCCCAUCCUGCAGCAGCACUUCAUCACCAAGGAGCCUGUGUGCUUUGGCCAGUGCUGGGUUUUCUCUGGGAUCCUGACCACAGCAUUGAGAGCAGUGGGCAUCCCGGCUCGCAGCGUGACUAACUUUGAGUCAGCCCAUGAUACGGGGAAGAACCUCAUAGUAGAUAUCUACCUGGAUGAAUCGGGCAAGACAAUUACACAUCUCACCAAAGACUCUGUCUGGAAUUUCCACGUGUGGACAGACGCCUGGAUGAAAAGACAGGAUCUACCCCAGGGCCAUGACGGCUGGCAGGUCCUGGAUGCUACACCACAGGAGAUCAGUGAGGGAGGCUUCCGCACCGGGCCAUCUCCACUGAGUGCCAUCCGCCUGGGGAAGGUCGAAAUCCAGUACGACACCAAGUUUGUCUUCACCGAGGUCAACGGCGACAAGUUCAUCUGGCUGGUGAAGCAGAACCAAGGCAGGGAGAAGAACGUCCUUAUCGCUGUGGAGACUGCGAGCAUCGGCAAGAACAUCAGCACCAAGAUGGUGGGCGAGAACAAGCGCGAAGAUAUCACCUUGCAGUACAAAUUCCCGGAAGGCUCCCCAGAGGAGAGGAAGGCCAUGGAAAAGGCCGCCGGUAAGCGCCCGGAUGAGGACAAACCCGGCCAUCGGCCAGUGAACAGCAUGCUUCAGAUCCAUGUCCUCCAGAAUUCUGUGGAGCUAGGCUAUCCUGUCACUUUGACCCUAGUGUUGAAAAGGAAAACGGCCACACCACAGAAUGUCAACAUUUCGUGCUCCCUCGACCUACAGACAUAUACAGGCAGCCAGAAGGCAAACCUGGGAAUCAUCCAGAGGACGGUGCAGAUCCAAGGUCAAGAAUCAGAGGUGGUUCUCAGCAUGGAUGCCAACUCCUACAUCUACAAACUGGGCAUGGUUGACGAUGAGGUGGUCAUCAAAGGGUUCAUCAUUGCAGAAAUAGUGGAGACUGGCGACAAGGUGGCCACCGAUACGACCCUGUCAUUCCUGUACCCUGCCUUCUCUGUUGAGAUGCCUGACACGGGCAAGGUCAACUGGCCACUUCUCAUCACCUGCUCCUUCAAGAACACCCUGCCUAUCCCUCUGACUAACAUCAGGUUCUCCGUGGAAAGCCUGGCCCUCUCGAACAUGCAGUCCUGGGAUCAAGGGACAGUGCCACCUGGACAGUCCAUCACUUUCCAAAUGAAGUGUACCCCAGUGAAAAGUGGACCCAAGAAAUUUAUUGUCAAGUUUACUUCCAGACAAGUGAAGGAGGUUGAUGCCGAGAAGAUCAUUCUCAUCACCAAGUAGCCCAGCUGGGACCAUGGAGAUGGAGGCAAGAGCCCUGAUUGGCUCUGAGCUUCUGCUAAGCAUGUUAGCAUUUCCUAAAUUGUACUUAGCGUUCAGGUCAGGGAUGAUUGGAUUUAAUUACUCAGAGGAGGGCAGAUUCAAGAGCCAGCCCAGCAAAAGACAGAGCUCAAGGGCCACUGUAACCUCAGGCAGUAGCUCCAUGGGACCAGGGCACCUCUCUGCAGCUCUGAGUAUACACCACAGAUAUCUCAAACACACAUCUAGGAGUCACGGCCUCAGAAGACAGCAACUGCCGUCUGGGUUUAGACCCAUAGACUGCACCCAGAGCUGCUAUUCUGUGCGACUGAAAGUGCUGGAGGCAUCUUCAUUUGGGCAACGGAUUCUGUCAGGUCCAGGGGUGCCUAGAGGUGAGCUGAGACCCCUGUAGGAAAGCAUCCUGGAGCUGGUCCUGGCACUACAUGCUCUUCCCAAGGCUCUGUCCUCUCAGAAGCAGGCCCACGCUGGCGUGAGGCCCUCUUGCCUCUGGGUGGUACAGGGGA